UUGAAUUUCCAGCAGUCCUGUUAAACACUUCAACGGGAGAGAUUGAAUCUGAAUUCCACACCUAUGUCCAGCCCCAGGAGCAUCCUAUUCUCUCUGAAUUUUGUACAGAACUCACGGGCAUAACCCAGAAUCAAGUUGAUGAAGGGGUCCCUCUAAACAUUUGUUUAUCACAAUUUUUGAAAUGGAUUCAAAAGAUACAAAAGGAGAAGAAAAUUAUAUUCGGUACAGAUACUCUAAGUAAUUCCACUUCAGAAGCAAAAGCAUGCACCUUUGCUACUUGGACAGACUGGGACCUGGGUGUGUGUCUGCAGUAUGAGUGUAAAAGGAAGCAGCUGCGAAAACCUGACCUUUUAAAUUCCUGGAUUGAUCUCAAAGCAACAUACAGGGCCUUCUAUAAUAGGAAGCCUAAAGGGCUAAGUGGUGCUUUGCAGGAUUUGGGGAUAGCUUUUGCAGGACGGGAGCAUUGUGGGUUGGAUGAUUCUCGCAAUACUGCCCGUCUUGCCUGGAGGCUGAUCUGUGAUGGAUGUGUGCUGAAGGUCACUAAAUCUUUGGAUAAGGUUAGCAUUCAGCAAGGACUGAGCAGUAGGCAGCCUCUGAGAACAGCCAGAUAUAACCCCCCAGGGCAGGGGUCAGGACUAGUGCUCGUCUCCACGACCAUCUCCUCAGUUAACAUCUCCAGUGAAGAAAUCAGUACUAGUUCUGAUUGCUUAGCCCUGCUGACUGACUGGGAAGAUGUCGCUUUAAUACCAGAAUCCCAAUGUGAACAGAAUUCAGACUGUGUUCAAUGCAAAGAUGACUCAAACACAGAUAUUUUGACAAUGAUUGAAGAGAAAACAAUUUCAAAGCAAUCAGCUGCGAUGAGUUCAGAUAAUCAAAGUUUGGAGAAAACCAUAAUACCCCUGGAACCUCUGAAAUCUAUUGUUUACAAAAGUCCUGAUACUACUGUCUAUAAUGUAGGAACAGGACAAAGGCAGACUUCAAAUUUUUCAGCUUUUAAAUUACCAGCUGCAAAAGUAAAUGCUACUUCAGCCCAAUCGGCAAUAACUGGAAAUUAUUCCACUCCUUCAGAGGUUCCUAAAAGAAAGCCAACUAGUCCAAAAAUGUUCCCACCAGCAAAAAAAAGGUCUUUUGCUAUAUAUCAAGAGAAAACUGCAUCUUUUGAUCAUUCCUUACCUUUAAGAAGUUCAGAGCUGCCUCAAGUGUCUCCUGCCGUUCUGAACUCCACAGUGAACUCGCAUCAGUCUGUAAGAGCUGUGAAAAAUGGAAAACCAACUCCCCCUCUGUGUAACUGUGGUCGAAGAGCUAAAAAAUUGUAUGUGUCAAACGCGGGUCCAAAUCAUGGAAAAGCAUUUUUUUGUUGUCCUGUUGGCAAGCACGAGGGUAGUAAGAAAGGUUGUGGAUACUUCAAGUGGGAAUACGCGCUUCUGAAAGAGAAAUCUAGUGGUGUCACCCUGAAUAAGGAUGCUUUAACCUCUCCUGGAGCUUACGCUAGUAAUUCAGGAAAUUCUUCCAACAAAAAAUGCUUCUUUCUUCGACCCUCUAUGAGAACUUGA